CAAGAGCUGCAACCUGCUGCAAACCAGGCUGUUGAGCAACCAAUGAACUCAACCCUGUCAGAUGAAGAUACCAGCCUCGGCGCACUCACUCCAGAAUGUGGCGAUGGCUGCCUCACCCCCAACAUCCAGAAGGUUUUAUUUUGUCACCCCCAAGGGAAACCCUUUGAUGUUAAGAGAAGCUUUUUCCUUGCUAGCCGCUUUGGUUUAUCCCCCGCCAGUCGCCUGGGCUCUGCCGCGCCAGCCUGUUUCGAGAGCCGCAUGAGUAGCUACUUCCCCAACACUUUGAGUCAUGACCAAAACUGUCUACAUGGGCCGAGAGUCUCGAGGAAAGUUGUAGACAUGAAUGAGUCGUGCCGGCUGGUCAGUAACUUUAUACACGAUGGGAUGCAUGGCGUUCCCGAGGCCACCAGCUGGGAAUGUGGAGAAACACCGAGCCUAGGCUGCUUCGAGAGCCCAGGGCUGGAGCAUACCAUGUGCAAGGUCACGGCAGGCCAGCAGUGCCCGAGGUGCCAGGAGCGCAGCGUCACCUCGCUGAAGAGAGCGCUGACAGUGCUGACAAGCCAUUCUCUGAUGAGCUGGUUAGUUAGUUAG